UUCAUAAACAAAUCACUGCCACAUAGAGGCUGAGUAAGAGAGAGUCGUUCCAAUGGCUAUCAUCGCAACCACGUUCGGCACGGGGCUAAGUUACGCCGGUCAGCUUCCAUUCAAACGAGUCACCGCGGGAGAGGUGGGACAAAAGCAGCAGAGAGUGGUGGUGGUGAGAGCAGAAGGCGGUGGAGGGGGUAUCAAUCCGGAGAUCAGAAAGAACGAAGAGAAGGUCGUUGACUCAGUCGUCGUCACCGAGCUUUCCAAGAACAUAACUCCCUAUUGCAGGUGUUGGAGGUCGGGGACGUUUCCAUUGUGUGAUGGGAGUCAUGUGAAGCACAACAAAGCUAAUGGAGAUAACAUUGCUUCCAUCAAACUAAAGACGGAAUCUCUCAAAGACGCUGUGGACUCUCUCAAAGAAGAUGUGGACUCUCUCAAAGCAUCUGUGAACGAUUUACUUGCCAUUUUUACCGCAUUCAAAGAACCUGCAAAGAUACCUGCUUCUGUUAAGAAUAAUGUCAUUCCAGUUAUUCAAAAUUCUCCAUCCUCUGAGGGUCACAAGAAAAGUGAUGAAGGUGAAGAGCCUGCCCAUAAAAAGGCUAAAGCAGAUACCAAUACUUGUAAAAAAGAGAGCAGCAGUAAUGUUUCUAGCAAGGAAUCUGAUGUACUCGAGAAAGAAACCCUAAACCGAACAUUACCUCCUUGCUCUUCUACUUUUACAAAGACUGCUGAGGUAGGCGAGAGAGUCUUAUUCAUUCCAAAACAAGGGGGAAGAUAUGAUGGUGGCACGAUUUUCGUAAAGGGAUAUGAUUCUUCGCUUGGUGAGAAUGAUAUCGCGAGAGCAUUGCUUGAACAUUUCAGUCCGUGUGGAAUGAUCUCAAGAAUUUAUUUUCAAACAAAUGAAACCGGUGCAGUUAUCUUAAGACAUGUUUUCAUUGAAAUGUUACACGGCACAGAGGACGCUUUGAAACUUAAUGGAAGUGACAUGGGAGGAUGCAAUCUUGAAGUUUAUAACGCUAAACGGAGAGAGGAAUACUAUAUCAAUCGUGAAGCGAGUGGUCGUUAUAUCCAGAAUCGUCGUCAUCUGCGUUUGGAUAGACUUAAAUUCACAAGAGAAAAGCCCCCUGUGUAUGGCAUUGUCAGUUCUAGCAAGAUCAACAAGUAAUAGAUGCAAAUCAAGCCUAGAAGCAUUA